GUCUGGUCACUGUUUUUGAUUUUUUUAGCUCUUGCAACAUAAAACAUUAAUGGCGGACGUAUUCUAAAAUGACGCAAGUCUAACAUUUGCGGCAUGCGUUUUAUCAAUAAUUUUCCAGUUAAAAUCGAUUUAAAGGAACACAAAACAAUACUAGUGAAUACAUGACCAACUAGAAUAAGGCAACCAAGAAAGUGACAGUAUGGCGCGCGAGUUCGAUCAUCUUUUCAAACUGCUGAUUAUCGGUGACAGCGGUGUCGGAAAGAGUUGUCUUCUCCUGCGUUUUGCGGACAACACAUUUUCUGGUAGUUAUAUUACAACUAUAGGGGUGGAUUUCAAAAUAAGAACUUUAGAAGUUAAUGGAGAGAAAGUGAAACUACAGAUUUGGGAUACAGCGGGACAGGAGAGGUUCAGAACAAUUACAAGUACCUACUACCGAGGGACUCACGGAGUCAUCGUCGUGUACGAUGUUACCAAUGGAGAGUCUUUCGCUAAUGUCAAGAGAUGGCUUCAUGAAAUUGAACAGAACUGCGAUGUCGUAAAUAAAGUUCUAGUUGGAAAUAAAAAUGAUUGUCCAUCACGCAAAGUUGUGGUUACAGAGGAUGCUCAGAGGUUUGCCAGUCAGAUGAAUAUCCCUCUGUUUGAAACUAGUGCAAAAGAAAACAUUAAUGUAGAGGAGAUGUUCCUUACAAUUACAAAAAUGGUACUAAAAUCCAAAUUAGAAAUGAAAGAGAGACAGAACGUUACAUCAAACGACACAGUUAAUUUGAAGAAAGGUAAUCACAAAAUUAAAAAAAAGUGUUGCUAGUGGUCACGGGGGGUGUUAUGUGCCACAGACUUUGCUUACACAAUGCUCAAAUAUCAAGAGACGUGUGCAUAACCCUAGCAAGACUAAGUACUUCAGCUGAAAUGAAAAAGGAACCAAUUAGUUUUUUGCUAAACGGUACAAAAAUUAAUUAGUCACAAUAGCAGUAAUGCAUGAAAUAGUUACAAUUGAUCUCUGUACAAUCAAACAAUUUGUAAUCACAGUUUCGUAAGACUUAGUUAGAUUUUCUGUUGAACUGUGCUGGGUUUGCCAAUCUCAGCCAGAGCGUGUACAUUUAUAUACUAUGGAAUAAAUAAAUGACUCCAAAAAUUAUGUUAGAAUAUUAUGAAUGCAUACGUAAUGUGGAUGAUUGUAUUCUCACUUUUUUUAAUAUGCUAUAUAUGUUGUGGUUUAAAAAAACAUGAGUUUUGAACAUCCAUAAAAGAAAUUAAAUUUAUACUAUAUAAAUAUUUACUAAUUAAAGAUAAAGUAUUAUGAUUUCCCAAAAUAUAAUAAAAUAUUAUGAAUGUGAAAGCUGUAUGAUUGUAAAAUAAUAUGAAAUGUAUCUCUGCGUUUAAAAAGAAAUGGUAAUAUUUUGAAAUAAUUACAUGUGGGAAUCCAGUGUGUAAUUUAUAUUAUAGUGAGAUUGUAUUUAUUAUUUUUUGUAAUAAUUUUAAAAGUAUUGGCAAAGUAUAUGCAGUAUUGUUUAUCCAAAAUUACAAAAUUAUUAUUUAUGGCCCCAAGGGAGAUUUUUGUAAUCAUUGUAUUAUUAUUUUGAAACUCGAACAUGCAAAGGAAUGUUGUAACAUCAUAUAUUUUUAUUUCAUUAUAUGCCUUUGCGGAUAAAUAUAGUCUUGAAAAAAUAUAACAUUCCUUGUGUAAUUGUUCUGAGCUUUAAAGUAUGUAUAGUCAUUAUUUUACGGUACUUUUUGGGUAAUAAUUGUGCGUAUUAUUUAGCAAGUUGUUUUUCUUUAAAUACUCUAUAUUAACAUGUCGAAUACAAGUGCUGAAAAAUGUCUGAUGUCAUUUUGGGCCCAACUUAUGAUUUGAAAUGUAGGAGCGUUUCUAAUUAUUUUUUUAUUUAAAUUUUACCCUUUAUUUAUUUUGCCAAAUUAUCAUUCCAUACAUGCAAAACUACAAUGUCAUUUAGUUUUUUAUUUUUAAUUUAAUCAAUAUGCAUGAUUUUUUCUCAUUCUAGUACUCAUUUUUAAUUUUAAGAUGUAUUGUUCAUACAACAUAGGUACCAGCAUUUUAUUUGUUUAAAAAAUGUAAAUAGACAUAUUUUGCCCAUAAUAAAAUGUGUUCUCAUUUUUUUAUCCGUUCUUUGUAAUGACCAAGAUAUAUCAUUAAAAAAUACAAAUGGAAUAUUCUUGGA